AUGCUUUUGGCUUAAUCCAAAGAAAUUAAUGAACCAAUCUUUCAUAUUCUCAUUUAGACACUAAAACGAGAAAAAAUUUAAGACUGUCUAGAAUUUCUCUCAUAGAAUUUAAAUCAUAGGCAAGCCGAAUAUUAAAUAUCAUAAGCAGAAAAUUCAUCACUAUUGGGUCAUGAAUAGAUAAAUGUAGGAAUUAAUAACAUUAAGAGAAUAACAGCUAUUCUCAAAACAAUUAAGGAUCAUGAAUUUAAUGAAAAAAAUUACUCUUUAGAUGAAUAUGAAGAAAUUAAAUAAGAUUUGAUCCUAAAAAUAUAAUCGGAUAAGAAGAACUUAGAAUUUCUAAAAAACUUAGUUAAGCUCACAGCCUUGGAUUAGAGAUAUAUAUAGAGUGGAUCAAAUUCUCUUCAUUUAUUAGUUUUAAUGAAAGUUGAUUUGAAGGAAUAAUGCUUUGAAGGUGUUAGAAUUAGAAAUACUUCCUUAAUAGGAGCAAAUUUAGUUAGAUGUAACUUAAAUGGAUCUGAAUUUUAUAAUGUCAUUAUUAGUGGAAUGAAUUUGAAUUAAGCCAAAUUAUUUAAUUGUAAAUGGAGAAGUAUAAGGAUAAAUGAGGAAAUAAAGUUAAAUAAUCAUAGUAAGAGGGUCAAUUCUGUUUGCUUUUCUCCAGAUGGUAAGUCAUUAGUUUCUUAGGGUGAUAAUAAAUCCAUUCGUUUUUGGGAUAUGAAAACAGGGAAAAUAAAGAAGAUAAUUAGGAGAGAAUAUGGUAAAAUCAGAAUGCUUCUCAAUUAGUAAAAAAUUAUAUUUAAAUUAGUUGGUCAUGGCGGCGUUAUUUCUUCAAUCUAUUUUUGUUCUGAGCGUACUGAGUUAGCAUCUGUUAGUUCAGAUAACUCUAUCCGUUUAUGGGAUGUUAAGACAAGAUAAAAAGGAACCUUAUUAAAUGAUCAUUCAAAUUAUGUAAUAUCAUUAUGUUUAUCUCCUGAUGGUACUACAAUAGCAUAUAGUAGUGGAAAUAACUCCAUCCGUUUAUGGGAUGCUAAGACAGGAUAUGAAAAGGCCUUAUUAACUGGUGAUUCAAAUUAUAUAACUUCAGUUUGUUUCACUCCUGAUGGUACUAAAAUAGCAUCUAAUAGUAAUGAUAACUCGAUUUGUGUAUGGGAUGUUAAGACAAGAUAAUUAAUGUUUAGAUUAGAAGGCCAUGAAAAUUAGAUUAAUUCCGUCUGCUUCUCACCUGAUGGUAUUACAUUAGCAUCUGGUAGUGAAGAUAAGUCUAUCCGUUUAUGGAAUCUUAGAACAGCAUAAUAAUAAGCCAAAUUGGAUAGUCAUUCAGGAUCUGUAAGCUCAAUCUGUUUCUCUCCUGAUGGGACUACAUUAGCAUCUGGAAGUGAUGAUUAGUAUAUCCGCUUAUGGGAUGUUAAGGCAGUCUAAUUAAAUACGACAUUGGAUGGUCAUUCGAAUUCUGUGAAUUCAGUCUGCUUCUCUCCUGAUGGGACUACAUUAGCAUCAGGUAGUGAUGAUAACUAUAUUCGUUUAUGGGAUAUUAGGACAGGAUCAUAAAAAGCCAAAUUAGAUGGUCAUUCAGGAACUGUAUAUUCAAUCUGUUUCUCUCCUAAUGGUACUAUAAUAGCAUCUGGUAGUGGAGAUAACUCUAUCCAUUUAUGGGAUGCUAAGACAGAAUAAUAGAUGUUCGAAUUAAAAAGUCAUUAAAGUUGGGUUAAUUCAAUCAAAUACUCUCCUGAUGGUACUAUCUUAGCCUCUGGUAGUUUUGAUAAAUCAAUCAUUUUAUGGGGUACUAAGACAGCAAACUAAAAAGUCAAAUUAAUAGGUCAUUAAUAUGCAGUUAAUUCAAUCUGUUUCUCUCCUGAUGGUACAAAUAGAUUGUCAUUAAUAUGAUAUAAAUGGUACUACCUUUCCAUUUGAUAGUAGAGAUAACUCUAUCAGUUUAUGGAAUGUUAGGACAGGAAAAAUGACCUUAUUAAAUGGUCAUUCAAAUUAUGUAAUAUCAAUCUGCUUCUCUCCUGAUGGUACUAAAAUAGCAUCUGGUAGUAAGGAUAACUCUAUAAGUUUAUGGAAUGUUAAGACAGGAUAAUCAACGUUUAGAUUAGAAGGUCAUUCAAAUUAGGUGAAUUCAGUCUGCUUCUCUCCUGAUGGAACUACAUUGGCAUCCGGCAGUGAUGAUAAGUCCAUCCGUUUAUGGGAUGUUAAGGCAGGAUAAUAAAAAGCCAAAUUAGUUCGUUUUUCAAAUUGCGUGAACUCAAUUUGUUUCUCUCCUGAUGGUACUAUAUUAGCCUCUGGUAGUGAUGAUAAAACUGCUCGUUUAUGGGAUUUGAAGACAGGAUAAUAAAAAGCCAAAUUAGUUGGCCAUUCAAAUUGCGUUAAUUAAAUCUGCUUUUCUCCUGAUGGUAUUAUAUUAGCAUCUGUUAGUGAUCAAUCUAUUCUUUUAUGGAAUGUUAAGACAGGUUAAUAAAAAGCCUAAUUAUUUGGUCAUUCUAAAUUUGUAAAUUCAAUCUGUUUCUCUCCUGAUGGUACUACCCUAGCAUCUAGUAGUGAUGAUAAAUAUAUUCAUUUAUGGAAUAUUAAGGAAGGUUAUUUGAAAGCCACAUUAGAUGGUCAUUCAAGUUGGGUAAAUUCAAUUUGUUUCUCCCCAGAUGGUACCAUAUUAGCAUCUGGUAGUGGAGAUAAUUCUAAACGAUUUUUGAAUGCUAGUACAGGAUAAAAAAUCUUAGAUUCAGAUAGUCUUUAUAAAAAUACACUUAAUCAAAUUAUUUAAAACAACAUUCUCCAAAGAAAUGGUAUUUAUUCCACAAAUUUUUAGUUACCUCUUUUAUUACCAUCCUUCUAAUAUCACAAUAGCCAAUCUUUUAAUCAUAGGGAGCCUUAAUUUAUAAAGGAGGGAGUUAUAAUUAAGAAAAAUAAAUAGAAUUCUAAUAAUAAUGA